AUGUCCGCUCUUCGGUUAUCACUACGUGCCGCGCGCGCCGCGACACCGGCGCGCCGCAUCGCGCCCUCUUCCCUCCGGUAUCUCUCAACGCCUCCCACAAAACCCGACGCCGCCGCCUCCGCCGAGCCCAGCACCGCCGCCGCGCCCGUCCGCGACAUGACGCCGACACCCAUGACCUCGGCCCCGCAGUUCCCCGCCCCGUCCGACCCGUUCAACCCGUCCGAGGCGCCCGGAGCAGCCGGAUACAAGGCCCCAGAGUACUCUGAGGGCACGAAGAACCUCGUCAAGGGCGUCGCGCGCAUCAUGGGGUACAACUCCAAGGCGUCGACUGCGAUCCGGGAGACGGGGCGCAUGAUGCGCGGGGUUGUCGAGGCUGUUGAGGCGGACAGGGCGUUUUGGUACGAUGCCUGCACCCUCCCCCCAACCUACCAGUCCUUCUUCCAGCUGCACCUCCUCUACGUGCUCCUCCUGAUCGUCCGCCUGCGCGCGCUGCCCGCGUCGGGCGGCGCCGCGAAGCACCCCAUCCCCGAGCCGCUCGACUCGUCCGCGCCGUCGCAGCCGGCGUCGCACGCGCACCCCGCCAUCAGCGGCGGCAUCCACCUCGGCAAGGCGGCGCACGAGACGUACGUCGUCGAGCUGCUCAACCACUUCUUCGAGCUCGCCGAAAGCCAGAUGCGCAUGGUGCUCGGCAAGGGCGAGCGCGAGCGCGUGAUCAAGAAGUACAUGGACGAGAUGGGCGAGCAGUGGAAGGGCGCGAGCACGGGCCUGGACUACAUUGUUGGGCUGGGGCUGAGCGAGAGCGCGGAAGAGGCGGCGAGCGCAGACGUCGAGCUCGCCAGCUGGGUCUGGCGCAACUUGUUCGCGUCACGCGGCCUCACGCCGCCCGUCGGCGAGGCGAACGCUGCGGACGAGCUCGCGUUCAUCCCCCAGCUUGAGCUGGUUGUGCGCUUCGUCCGCCGCGAGCUGAGCCGCCUCGACGCGGUCAGCGACGAGGAUGUGCUGGACGGGAACAUUGGCGAGUGGGGCCGUGUGGAGCAGUAG